UUAAUAUGAAUAUACUUCUCUGUAUUCUUCUCAUUGAUAUUCACGGCCAAAUACAUGUAUAUAUACUAUUAGGGUAACAAAACCCCUAAUAUUCUACCAUAUCUUUUCACAAGAUAUAUUUCCUAAAAUAUAGCACAAUUAUAUCACAAUAAUAUCUCCAAUACCCCCCUCAAGUUGGAGCAUCGGGUCACAAAUGCCCAACUUGCGGAGUAAAAAUUCAAACUUGACCUUAUAUAUAUUACUAGGGUAACAAACCCCUAAUAUUCUACCAUAUCUUUUCACAAGAUAUAUUUCCUACAAUAUAGCACAAUAAUAUCUCCAAUAAAUAUAUAUAUAUAUAUAUAUAUAUAUAUAGGGUCAAAUGAGAAGUUUCUUAAAAUGAGAAGAAUGAGAAAGAUUUUAUAUGCAUAAAAUUUUCACUAAAUGUGCAUAUUUUUUGAAUAAAAUGUACAAAAAAAAAAAAAAAAUUUGACCGAAAUUGAAUGUGCAUAUUUUUUGCACAUAAUGUGCAUAAGUUCUCGUUUUUCCAGAAUUUGCUAAAAAAGUAUCAGGUUCAAAAUCAAAUAUGCACUUUUAGUUCAAAAUAAAUGCACAUUUCAUGCUUCUCAUUGGAUCUAUAUAUUUCAAAAACAAGUUGAUAAAAUCCACUUCAAGUCAAUAAUAAAGAGAAAUUACCUUACAAUUACCAAAUUGCUAUGUCUAUUGUUUGCAUUAACGCGGUAACGUCAUUGUACUAAAGUAUAACUUUUUCUUGAAAUCAAUUUUUGUUUACUUUAUGUAACAAUUACGAAGUACUAAUGAUGUAGGUUACAAUAUUAAUUCAACUUGACCUAUAAUUUUUUGGAAAUGUAAAUUAUGUUACGUAUUAAACUUUAACUCAUCAACUCAACUUAGUAACAUACACAGCUCAAUACCUUCCAUAUAAAUUCCCACCAUCACUCUUUUCUUCUAAACCUCUUCUUUUGCGUUGUUUCGCAAAUAUAAACCCAACCAUUUCCACAAAUACACAUCCUCAACUUUUUCUUCUAUAAAUUUUAUAGCUUAAACAACAUAAAAGCACUCAUAAAAGCACAUUGCAAAAAUGGUGGCACAUAGUUUUAAGCCGUUGCUAAACAUUUUCGUAGUUCUCUUAUUAAACAUCAACCUUUGUUCGUAUUUUUCUCAUGCAAAUCCAAAUUCUGCAAACUCAAGCUCACAUGAUCUAGUAUCACCGUUGAAGGGACUUAAACUAAAUGGUUCGUUCGAAUUCAGUAACACUAGCGUUGUAGCAUAUGACUUUGGUAAUAGAUUUCAUUUCCUACCCUUGGCAGUUCUAUUACCAAAAACAGUCUCUGAUAUAUCCACGACAAUCAAAUAUGUUUUCGGCUUAGCCAAUAACUCAGAGCUCACCAUUACAGCAAGAGGCCACGGUCAUUCACUUCAAGGUCAAUCACAAAAUAAUGGUGGCAUAGUCAUCAGCAUGGAAGCACUAGAAGAACAAAAGAUGUAUAUUCAAACAGGGGAUUUACCCUAUGUUGAUGUUUCGGGUGGUGAAUUAUGGAUAAAUAUUCUACAUGAGACGGUGAAACAGGGAUUAACUCCUAAGUCAUGGACCGACUACCUUUAUUUAUCUGUCGGAGGAACCCUUUCAAAUGCUGGGAUUGGUGGUCAAGCAUUCAAAUAUGGACCUCAAAUAAAUAAUGUCUAUCAAUUGGAAGUUGUCACAGGAAAGGGAGAUAUAGUGAAUUGUUCUGAGAAAGAAAACGCCGAUCUCUUUCAUGGUGUUCUUGGGGGACUAGGACAGCUUGGUAUCAUCACUAAGGCUAGAAUAUCACUUGAACCGGCUCCCAAAUUGGUAAAAUGGAUUAGAGUGCUCUACUCGAAUUUCAAAUUAUGCACCAAGGAUCAAGAGCAACUAAUAUCGUUGAAUAAUACAUUUGAUUAUAUUCAAGGAUUCGUCAUGACAGGUUUGAGUUCAACCCUUAGUCGUACAAAACCUCUGCAGGCUGGUCCUCCUUCAAGAUCUGAAGGCAAAAUUCUCUACUGUCUAGAAGUAGCGAAGUACUUCAAUCCUGAGGAUGCAAACACAACAAACCAGUUUACAGAAAAUAUUUUGUCAUCAUUAAACUACAUCCCACACACAAUUUUUCUAACAGAUGUACCAUAUGUGGAUUUCCUCGACCGAGUUCACCUAUCAGAUUUAAAACUCAAAGAGAAAGAUUUAGCGAAUGUAACACAACCUUGGUUGACUGUUCUUGUUCCUAAGAGUAACAUACAGAGCUUUGCAAAAGAAGUUUUUGGUAAUAUCCUCGCCAACACAAGUUAUAAUCCAAUCCUUAUCUAUCCAUUCAACCAGUCAAGUUGGAAGCACAACACAUCUAUGGUCACACCAGCCGAAGAUAUUAUCUACCUAGCAGCAUUUCUAACAUCUGCACCCUCAUCUUCUUCGGGACCAGAUGGACUUGAUAACAUUUUAACAAUCAAUAAAAGAAUACUAGAUUUCUGUGAGACGGCCAACCUGGGGGUAAAGCAAUAUCUUCCGUUUUAUGAAACUCAAGAUGAAUGGCGAGCUCAUUUUGGGGAUAGAUGGGAAGUUUUUGCACAGAGGAAAUCAACUUUCGACCCUCUAUCAAUACUUGCACCAGGGCAAAGAAUCUUCAGCAGAGGACCAGUUUCUUCAUGAUAUUGGUUGCCAAGCACAUCACCUUAAUUAAGAGCUUGAUUCUGUGACAAGACAACAACCAUAUAUCUACAACCUACAAGUUCAUGGAAUACAACCUUUAUUGAUGUGCACAACUGAAGCUUUUUCAUUCGAAACUUUUUUUUUUAAUCAAGAAAUCCAAUUAUUUUUGUAUGAAA